AUGCCGUCGUCAUCGCCAAGUGUUCCGGGCUGCUGCUUCUCGUUCUUCUCGCGCAAGAACCGCCAGCAGGGUGAGCCGCCCAAGGCCGCAAUCUCUACCUCGGGGUACCAUGCCGAGGUCAAGCGCAAUAUCCCGAGCGCCCACCAACAUCUCGAGCCGUGCUGCUCCCCCACCCAAGGCUUCAUGUCAGCUUCCGUCAAGCCCUUCCUUGAUGAUCUACCGGCCUACUCCUCCGACGGCAAGAGCCUCUCCUCGGACGUGCGCGAGACGAUCAAGGCGACGAUCGAGUCGUACCGCGCCCCGUUGACCGCGAUCUCGCUGUACAUCUCCGACAACCCCGAGCUGGCGUACAAGGAGUACAAGUCAUCUGCGAAGCUCAUAUCGUUCCUCGAGUCCGAGGGCUUCGCCAUUGAGAAGGACUACAAGGGCCUCGAGACCGCCUUUACAGCCACCUACUCGCAGGGCAACGGUCGCACGUGGGCCUUCAACUCGGAGUACGAUGCCCUGCCUGAAGUCGGCCAUGCGUGCGGGCACAACCUCAUUGCGAUUGGAGGUGUUGCAGCACUUCUUGGCGUACGGGCUGCAAUGAAGAAGCAUGGGAUUGAUGGCACAGUGGUCCUGAUGGGAACGCCGGCGGAAGAGGGCGGCGCCGGCAAGGUUCUGCUAAUCGAACGCGGAGGAUACAAGGGCAUCGACGGAUGCAUGAUGAUCCACCCGGCUGGCUUCACCGCAAACUCGGGCGGCGUCCUCCCCACGCUCGCCUUCCAGACGAUCGCCGUCGAGUUCUUCGGCCGCACAACGCACGCCGGUGCAGCACCAUGGGACGGCAUCAACGCACUAGACGCCGCCAACAUCUCGUACACAUCUAUCUCGGCCCUCCGUCAGCAGCUGCACCCGACGGACAGAGUUCACGGCAUCAUCGUGGACGGUGGUGAAGCGCCAAACAUUAUUCCCGACUACACGUCGAUGAAGUACUAUGUCCGGGCGAGCCGCGCCAGCGGUGUCGAGGAGCUUAUGGCCAAGGCCAUUGGGUGCUUCAAGGGCGCCGCCGAGGCGACGGGCUGCAAACUCAAGUUCAAGACCGAACCCAUCACCUAUGAUCUACGGAACAACAAGCUGUUUGGGGAGGAGUACGCAUCCGCCAUGAGCGAACUGUACAAUGUGCCCAUCCCUAUCGAGCUGGGCGAGGGGACCAACCCCGGUGCCUCGACAGACUUUGGAAACGUCACGUAUGCGUUGCCAGCGUGCCAUCCAAUGUUCGGCAUCCCGGCUACUCUCGGCCGCGGCAACCACACCAAGGAAUUCCGAGACAAGUGCCGUACCGAGGAGGCGCAUACCGAGACACUGCACGCGGCCACGGCGAUGAGUAUCGUCGGUGCUCGCUUCCUCUCCGACUCGGCGUUUGCCGAAGACGCGACCGAGUGGUGGAAGGACGACAUGAAGAGCUAG